UAAAAACAAAGAAAAACAGGGUGGUGAGGUGAGUUUGUUGGUUGAGUGUUGUAUUGUAUGGUCCGAAACAACUGAGAACUGGCUACGAAGAUAGCAAACGGAGUCGGAGUAGGACUCGGAAUCUGAGCAGCAGCGAAUGAAGAUGACCACCGCUCCUUCCACUCUCUCCAACGCUCUCCCUCUUCCCACUCCAAACAGUGCCAUCUUACUCCGAUCCGCCAGGCCGACUCUCCGACGCUCCCCCUCCAUUCGCGUCGCUCGAACUCACCACGCCUUCACUCGCUCUUCUCCUUCCGCAAUUCGACUCAGAGCCUCCUCCUCCUCCCCUUCCUCUUCCUCAGAUGAUCUCCCUAGCUCCUCAGAUCAAGGUGUUGAGAAUGUGGUCAUUAUAGGUUCAGGUCCUGCUGGAUACACAGCAGCAAUUUAUGCAGCUCGUGCCAACUUGAAGCCUGUUGUGUUCGAGGGGUAUCAAGUGGGUGGUGUUCCUGGUGGACAAUUAAUGACCACCACUGAAGUGGAAAACUUCCCAGGGUUUCCAGAUGGAAUAACUGGUCCUGAUUUGAUGGACCGGAUGCGACGGCAAGCUGAACGCUGGGGAGCAGAAUUAUUCCAAGAAGAUGUAGAAUUUGUUGAUGUGAAGAACAGUCCUUUUACUGUCCAAAGUAGUGAACGUAAGGUGAAUUGCCAUAGUGUUAUUGUGGCCACAGGAGCUACUGCAAGAAGGCUCAGUUUACCUCGUGAAGAUGAAUUUUGGAGUAGAGGAAUUAGCGCUUGUGCAAUUUGUGAUGGAGCAUCUCCACUAUUUAAGGGUCAAGUUCUUGCUGUGGUUGGAGGAGGUGAUACAGCUACAGAGGAAGCAUUAUACUUGACUAAAUAUGGCCGUCAUGUUCAUUUACUUGUACGCCGGGACCAACUAAGGGCAUCCAAAGCAAUGCAAGAUAGAGUUUACAACAAUCCAAAUAUCACCGUGCACUUCAAUACAGAGACUCUGGAUAUUGUUAGCAAUACGAAAGGGCAAAUGUCUGGCAUUUUGGUUAGAAAAGUUGACACUGGGGAGGAGUCUGUGCUUGAGGCAAAAGGCUUAUUCUACGGGAUAGGUCAUUCACCAAAUAGCCAAUUUUUGGAAGGCCAAAUUGAACUUGACAGCUCAGGUUAUGUGUUGGUGGAGGAGGGUACUGCAAAAACUUCCGUUGAAGGUGUAUUUGCUGCUGGAGAUGUACAGGAUCAUGAAUGGAGACAAGCCAUAACUGCGGCUGGUUCAGGAUGCAUUGCUGCUUUAUCAGUUGAGAGAUAUCUUACGAGCAAUAAUCUCCUUGUUGAAUUUCACCAGCCCAAGACUGAAGAGGUUAAGAAGGAUCUCACAGAUAGAGAUGUACAUGAGGGUUUUGACAUCACACUUACAAAGCACAAGGGCCAGUAUGCUCUACGAAAAUUGUACCAUGAAAGUCCAAGGCUUAUAUGUGUAUUAUACACAGCACCAACAUGUGGUCCAUGUAGGACACUGAAGCCAAUUCUUAGCAAGGUGAUAGAUGAAUAUGAUCAAAAUGUACAUUUCGUUGAAAUUGAUAUUGAGGAAGAUCCUGAGAUCGCGGAGGCAGCUGGAAUUAUGGGCACACCAUGUGUGCAAUUUUUCAAGAAUAAGGAAAUGCUCAGGACAGUGUCCGGGGUCAAAAUGAAGAAAGAGUACAAAGAAUUCAUUGAAGCAAAUAAGUAAAGUUUUUUUUUUUUUUUUUUUUUUUUUUUUUUUUUUUUUUUUUUUUUACCCUUUCACCCAAAAAAUGCUUGUUUGGGCUGGUGCCACCACUUGUUGAUUCAGUUUUGUUUGUUCCCAAAGUGGCUUAGUUGAAUAAAUAGUACCUGUAAUUAUACACUGACUGAUCCCUUGUAUUGAUUAACUGCUCCAUAAACUACAUCUCGAGUUCUUAAUGGAUCAUUGCAAUUUUUGAGGCCCCAA